GAGCGAGUCGACAGAGCGAGUGACAGGAAAGCAAAAUGGCGGAUGAAGAUGUUACGCUGAAUGGUAAACCUCUACAAUCGCUCCGUGUGGCAGACUUGAAAGCCGCUUUGGAGCAACGAUGCCUCCCUAAAAGCGGGGCGAAAAAUACACUCAUUAAGCGACUGAAAGGGGCUCUAAUGUUGGAGAAUCUUCAGAGGACCUCCACUCCCCAUAUUGGGCUCCAGCCGAACUCCCAGAUUGGGGAGGAGAUGAGCCAAAACAGCUUUAUAAAGCAGUACCUGGCUCAGCAGCAGGAGCUCCUCCGCCAGAGGCUGGAGAGAGAGGCCAGGGAGGCAGCCGAGGCCGAUGAAAGCCCAGCGGGCCCCGAGGAGGAGGAGCACACAGAGGAGGGCAACGACAGCGAUUCCUAUAACCCUGACAAGCAUCGCCCCAUGCCCUCCCAGCCCCCACUGACACGGGCUGAGGAAGAGGGUGGAGGAGGGCCAAUGAUGAUGGGGCACCAGGGCCAAGGGAUGAUGAUGGGGCACCAGGGCCAAGGAAUGAUGAUGGGGAAAGGCCAGGGGAUGAUGGGCCAAGGGAUGAUGUCUCGCAGACCAGACUUUGGCCCAGGCUCUGUGCCUCAGGAGUCUCCUGACGCCCCCGGAGGUCCUGGAUCCUGGAUGCAGCAGCGUCCCUCCCUCCAACAUGGCCUCCACCACGAGGAGCCCACCACCCCCUCCCCGCCCCGAGCUGUGGCCUCCCUCUCGGUGCGCGUCCUAGGGGACCCUGAGCGCCAGGGCCUGCCCCCAUCCAUGCCCCCCCGCGCCCAGACCCAGGAGAAGGAAGGCACCGCCCCAGCGGAUGACGACCGUCCCGCCCACUCUGUGCUCCACCUCAGCCGCUCCGCCCGGGCAGCAGCUGGCAGUAACCGUGUCCAGGAAGACUGUGACGAUGAUGAUGACAGCAGUGAGGAGGAUGAAGAUGAGUGGGGACCUGCGGCGAGGAGAGGUGGCGGAAGAGGGUUAGCCCCUCCCCCCCAUCUCCAGCAGCCUUCCCCCAGCGUGCCAGCGGCCCGAGAGAGAUCCAGACGCAAGCUCCAGCCUCCGCAACACAUCCCCUCAGCAGGUAGUACACCAGCCCCCAUGCAGCUCCGCCAGCCCACCCCGCCCCCCUCUCCACCCCCAGAGCUCUCCUUCCCCCUUCCCGACACCCCCAAACAGAGCCCGCCCGACAUGGAUGAGGAUCCAGAAGGGGCUGGGGUGUCCGUCCGCCCCCCUCCAGGUGGUCUCCAGAGGCAGGACUCUGACUCCAGCUCCCGAUCCAGCAGCCCAGAGCCCCGAGCCAAGCGCCGACCCGGACCCCUCUCCUUGCUGGCCCGCAAGAUGGCGUCCGAGGGAGCUUACGGGAAGAGAGGCGAGGGUGCGCCGGCGGACAGCCAGACAGGUCCUCGGGGGGAGGCUUCCAGACCAGGAGAUGGAGUUGGCAGCAGCCCAGGAGCUGGAGCAGGACCGGGGGUUGAGGUGGUCAUGUUCCCUGGGGCUGCAAUCACCCACACAGGAGGCAGCAGCAGCACAGGGCACACGGGAUUCGUCACUGUACCUGAGGUCCCUGCACCAGUGGUUAUGUUUGGAUCAGGAGCCCAGUCCCAUCCUCUCCCUCUGCUGUCUGUGACAGCUGUCCCCAGCAUAACCCUCACAACCGAGCCCCAGGAUCCAUCUGGAGAGACGGCACAGAAGAAGACAGAGAAAGAAACAAAGCAGGCGGAGGAAAAGGAGAGGAAGAUGAAGCAGGUGUUGAAGGAGGAGGAGAGUCACCUGCCGCCAUGGCAGCGUGGACGUGACUUGACGCUUCCAUCUGCGUCGUCACAGUUUGGGUCUGGGGGGUCAGAGGAGCCUGUGAUGGACCAGAGAGACACCCAGAAAAAGUCACCCUUCGGCAGGGACAAACCCCUCUCCUCCGCUUCCGGCUCAGCCAUGACGACCACCACCUCCCCACCUGCCAUCGCCCCCAAGAAGCCCCGCAUGUUCUCCGACACCUCCUCCGGCUCCAUGACCUCCCCUCCCAAACCUGUGCAGCAGGGGUCAGUGGUGGUGACCACCCCAGGGGAACUCCCUGAACCCCAUUGCAUAUCUGUGAGACCCCAGGUAGUCCUUGUCUCAGGGGCACAGCAGCACACAGACGACACCAUGGAGGUCACCGCACUGAACAAGGCGUCUGUGGAGAAGCCUGGAUGGAAAGCUGGAGGAGACGAUGAGAAGAUGGAGAAGGAGCCUGCCAGCCAGGCGGAGAAGGAGCGUGCCAGCCAGGCGGAGAAGGAGCGUGCCAGCCAGGCGGAGAAGGAGCGUGCCAGCCAGGCGGAGAAGGAGCGUGCCAGCCAGGCGGAGAAGGAGCGUGCCAGCCAGGCGGAGAAGGAGCGUGCCAGCCAGGCGGAGAAGGAGCCCCAGGCGGAGAAGGAGCGUGCCAGCCAGGCGGAGAAGGAGCGUGCCAGCCAGGCGGAGAAGGAGCGUGCCAGCCAGGCGGAGAAGGAGCGUGCCUGCCAGGCGGAGAAGGAGCGUGCCUGCCAGGCGGAGAAGGAGCGUGCCUGCCAGGCGGAGAAGGAGCGUGCCUGCCAGGCGGAGAAGGAGCGUGCCUGCCAGGCGGAGAAGGAGCGUGCCAGCCAGGCGGAGAAGGAGCGUGCCAGCCUGGCGGAGAAGGAGCGUGCCAGCCUGGCGGAGAAGGAGCGUGCCAGCCAGGAGAAGGGGACUUCUAAACCCGGGGAGACCAGGAGAAGGGGACCUGAAGAGACUGUUGAGGUUGAGCCCAUGGGACCUGUUCUACCCCCUUCUUACCCAGGUAAGGGAGAAGAUGAGAGGAAGGGGAAGGAAGAUGAGAGGAUGAGGAGGAAGGAAGAUGAGAGGAAGAAGGAAGCAGAGCGAGGCAGAUGUGGGGAGAGGGCGAGGCACAGGAGGUCAUCUCCCUCUAGUGGUGGCGACUCUUCAUCCUCGGACUCUGGAUCCUCUUCGUCACAUUCCUCUGGCUCCACCUCCUCCCAGGACAAAAAAAAGAAGACUGGCACAGGAAAAGGAAGAGGGGAUGAAAAGAGAAGACUGUACAAAGGAGGAGAGAAGAAACAAUCUGCCAGGGAGGUAAAGCAGUCUUCCCUGUCAGAGCCAUCUGGCCCUAUGGAGGUGGAGAGGCCAGACCCAGGCCAGACCCAGCCCACCCCAGUCGGGGACCCACAGAACAGUGAGGGCUGCAUGGAGGAGAGCACCACUCCUAAAGCGUUCGCUGCACGCAAGAUCUCCUUGACCACAGGCAGUAAGACGUCUCCAGAGGGAGCAGCAGCAGCAGCAGGGGGGGAGGCAGAGUCCGGGACCGCUGCUGGGAGGAAGAGGAGGUGGGGAUCCAGCACGGCCGUCAACACCAAGAAACCAUCCAUCAGCAUCACCACAGACUCACUCAAGUCUCUGAUCCCAGACAUCAAGCCCAGUCAGGAUGCUGUGGUGGAUCUCCACCCUGAUGACAUCCAGUUGUCUGGGGACGAGGACACCACCAGGGAGGACCAGGGCCUGGACAAGGGCCUCAAGAUCAGACGCACUGUCACACAGGUGGUCCCAAGUGAAAACCAGGAGAAUGGCCAGGGAGAACAAGAUGAAGAGGAGGAGGAGGAGGAGGAGAAGAAACCGGAGCAUGACAGAGAGAGGACACAGAAAGAGAAGAGGAAGGACAGCUACUCAGAAGACCCCAUGGAGUCUCAGUCCUCCGCUACGCACGACACCGAUGCUAAGAAAGUCACUCCCAGUGAUACGCUGGUGCGUCGCUCCAUCAGCCAGCAGAAGUCAGGUGUGUCUGUCACCAUCGACGACCCGGUUCGCACCGCCAAACAGCCCUCUCCGCCCAGAGGCAAAGUCUCCAACAUCGUCCACGUCUGUAACCUGGUGCGACCUUUCACCCUGGGGCAGCUGAAGGAGCUGCUGAACAGGACAGGCUCAGUGGUAGAGGAUGGCUUCUGGAUCGACAAGAUCAAGUCUCAUUGCUACGUCACUUACUCCAGCACAGAGGAGGCUGUGGCCACACGAGCUGCGCUCCACGGGGUGAAGUGGCCCCAAAGCAACCCUAAGGUCCUCAGUGUGGACUUCUGUGAGCAGAACGAGCUGGACUUUCACAGAGGCCUACUGGCCGUGGAUCCCAGAGAGGAGCACCGCCCCCAGCCUGGUGUGGGUCCUGGAGGUCCCAAAGUCCGACCGGGCGUGCUGCCCCCUCUGAUGGACGGGCGCGGGGACCGCGGCGUGGUCGGAGGGGUGCGGGACCAGUGGGCGGAGAGAGAGAGGGAGAUGGAACGCCGGGAGAGGACCAGGGCGGAACGUGAGUGGGACCGGGACAAGGUUCGAGACUUCGGCGGCAAACCAGGAGAGGAGAGGGAGAGGGGGAGGAGAUCUCGUUCCCUGGAUAGAGAGAGAAGGCGGAAGGAGAGGGACGGCAGGGAGAAAAAGGCCGACAAAAAGGAUGAGCCUCCUGCCAAAUUACUAGACGACCUCUUCAAUAAGACCAAAGCAGCUCCCUGUAUAUACUGGCUCCCUCUCACUGAAGAACAGGCAAACCAGAGGGGAAAAGAACGGGAAGAGCGACAGAAAGAACGAGAGAGGAGGCGGAAAGAACAGCAGGAGGAGGAGGACAAGAAGCGAGAGGAGGAGAGAAAGGAGAGAAUUAAAAGCAGAGAGAAGGAGGGAGGAGCUGCGGUAAGCACUGGAAGUGUGAGUGUCCGGGGAUCUGAGGGAGAGAGGGAGCGUGGGAGGGAGAGAGAGGGGGAGAAGAGGAGGGACAGUGGUGGAUUCAGACCCAGAGGUCCUGAUACUAAACCCUCUGCUGGGUUCCGACGCUCCCGUAGCCGUAGCAACCCUCGAGACAAACGCCGUUGAGUGUUCAGUUUGACAGAGUGAGAGAGAUGGGGAGGAGGAAAAAAGGAUGGAUGCAGUCCCUCAUUCAACAUACAAUUGGAACACAGCAGAAAGAGAUUUCUAGUCCCCCUCCUUUACAUUACCUUUACAAACCACUUCCAUAGUCUUCAGGUUAACAGGCUGUUCCUCUUCUGGCUAUCCUGUCAUUUGGGCCAGGGAGACUCCUAUUUAGAAAACCCCAAAUCCUCACUCAGUAAUGCUGUGUGUCUCUCAUAUGACCAUAAAAAUCUACAUGUAUGGACUUUGGUCACAUGUUGAUAGUUUAGUGAACCGAAAAAUGUCUGCCUCCAAAAUGGCACCCUAUUUCCUAUAUGAUGGCCCCCGUCAAAAGUAGUGUACUAUAUAGGGAAUAGAUAUGGUGACAUUUUCGCUCUCCCUCUUCCUCCUAUAGCUGUCUCAAGCUUCUCAUACGAAGCAGUCCAGCGGCCUAUUCUGAGCUCAUGCAUUUUAACCAGAAAUGGAAAUAAAGGGUGGAGGUUUGCCUCGAGGCCGAGUCUUGUUCCACCAAUCUCUGCGGGCACACAGUAAUAAGACUCUUCCCUGUAAUAAUCCAUUUAAAAAUAGCAGCCCAGUUUACCAACCCCCAAAUGUGUUCUAGAAUCAAUUUUAGUAUUUCAAAAUCCAGUGAAGUUAUUUUUUCUACGACCGGUACCAAGGCCCUUUGUAGGGUCAUGUGAAGGUUAUUUUUUCUGCUUUGACGUUUUAUUAUGAUGAAUCAUGUAAAUCUCAGCCUUGGAUGGUUUUUGUGUGUUCUAGUGUGUGUGUGGUGGUGCUCUGCUCUCCCUCUCUCCACACACUAAGGUUAAAGUUGGUUAAUGUGUCAUUACACUGAAAGCAGCAUAUGUUUAAGAAAAUUAGGAAACUAUCUUUUUGCCUUGUCAGAGGGGUAGGGACAUUUUUGUGUUGGGUGGGGGACUGAUUUCAUUUGCGCCCACUUGGCAUGUAUACGGUUCUUUUUAGGUUGUUUGGGUAGGGGGGGUCCAAACGCACUGAGAGAAUCCGUGUGGCACGAUGUGAAACGUUCCCAACAUGUGAAACUAUCCCUUUCUUGCUCUCUUCCUUCUUAUUCACUCAGUGUACCCUCGACCCUCCCAGUUCUUUUUGUAAAUGAAUCAGACAUCGGAUGAGUUUAACUUAGAUUGUUACUGUUUUAAUAUUGUUUUUAAUUUGUUUGAAACUGAAUCUUAUUUGGCUCUUUUUUUUCUCCUGUAAGUGCUGAAUGUACAAAGAAUUCAAAAUAAAUGUAAAAGUUUAAA